CAUUCCUGAACUGUUCCCUCGUCCCCGUGACUGUGGCAUCAGGGAAGCGAACUGUUAGGCGAGAGGAGGAGACAGUCAGAACCAUAUCCCCUUCUUCCCCCGGGGAGGGGGCCGGGCCGGGCCAGGCCGGCUGAGCCGGGGGAGGGCAGGGGGAGGGAGCGCCUGGCCAGGCCGGCCUGUCCGCCGAGAUGGAUGACAGUAAGGUGGUUGGAGGCAAAGUAAAGAAACCUGGCAAACGUGGUCGGAAGCCAGCCAAAAUUGACUUGAAGGCAAAACUUGAGAGGAGCCGGCAGAGUGCAAGAGAAUGCCGAGCUAGGAAAAAACUAAGAUAUCAGUAUUUGGAAGAGUUGGUAUCCAGUCGGGAAAGAGCCAUAUGUGCCCUCAGAGAGGAACUGGAAAUGUACAAGCAGUGGUGCAUGGCAAUGGACCAAGGAAAAAUCCCUUCUGAAAUCAAGGCCCUACUCACUGGAGAAGAGCAGAGCAAAUCUCAGCAGAACUCAAGCAGGCACACGAAAGCUGGGAAGACAGAUGCUAACAGCAAUUCCUGGUGAAGAUUAUAUAAAAUGACGAGUCACUGAUUGAAGUCAAUAUUCUGAUUCCUAUGGAGGAUGAAAGGGCAACAUUGUACUUCUUGGCUCCAUUUACAACCUACUGCUCAGUAGUCAUCUCUGUAAAUCUGCAAUUUCUACCAAAAUCCCACAGGAUUUUGCUUUAACUUUCAACACUUAGAAAAUUUAUAAACAUUCAGAUCUGUUCUGGUUGGCCUUGCCACCCAUGGCAUCGAACAUGUUGCAGUGCUUGAAAACACAGGAGUAGAGAGAAGUGGGUGAAGAUUGUAUUUUUGCACCUUAACUCCACAUUGCUUUAUUGGUUAAUUUAUAUUCUUUCCAUGUAUUUCAUGUCAUUGUAUGUGUAUGUGUGUUUAGGUGUCACCUUCUUUUAUGUUUUUGAUUGCCCUACAAAGAGAAACCAAAUGGGCUGAUAACGAAGUUCUCAGCCUUAAUGGACCUAAUUUUACUUGUUUAUAUUUACUUGAGUAAUGUUUAUUUUCUGCACGAACCAUGAUUUCUCCUGUGAGCCAUUCCAGCAUAAGCUGUGAAUAUGUAUUAACAAAUAUAUACAUUUCUAUUUUUAUAAUCCAUAAUGAUAUGCCUGUUUUAACUAAUGUACGUGUUAACAAAAUCCAUUAGGAAAGCCCUCAAGACAGCCUCUAUUUAAAACUUUUGUUGCUGUCUUCUCAAACUAUAUUUAUAAAAGUUUGCUAGGGCCUAGUCCAUACUUGGAAAAUAAUUAGUCAAAUUUUAUUUUUAAGCAACAAGUAACCUUUUAGGCAUUUCUGCAGUAUACAUCAUCUUGACAACCUAGAGUGUGUAUGUUUGUAUGUUCGUAUGUAUGUAUGUGUUUCUAUCAUAUGUCUGUGUAUGUUUGUGGGGAGGGUAGGAGUGAAUGUUCACACACAUUGCCUUGUGUAGUCAACUAACUUGGAGAAUUUUUCUAAAGAAAAUAGGAUGAAAUUAGCUGCUGAGAUCGAGUUUCUGCCUCAAGAGAUCUGGAACAAAACGAGGGAGAAAUUGCUAGUAGAUCUAAUGGCUGUAGGCAUAACCAGAACACUUAGUUUCUUCCCUGACAUGAGUUUCCGUAUGAAUGUGUUCUGAGCCAGGAAGAAACAUACUGUGGG